AUGAUGUCCUCAAAGCGAAUUCAGUUUCAUAUCGACGCCGCGACUGCCCUUCCUUUCCACAAAAACUCGAGCCGGCCUUUUGUCACUGUCAAAAUCGACAAUGCCAACGAGACAAACGAAAAGGAGCAACUCUUGCGAACCAGCACUGCUCGCUGCGAUAGUGAACAUGACCCUAGCUGGCAACAGAACCUGACUGCCAGCACAAUGAGCCCUACAUGUCAAGUCACGUUCGAGGUUCUCCAACGUUCGCCUGUGUGGGCACCCGGCAAACCAAACAAGCUGGCCGUCACCGAUGCUUACCCGCUUUCAACACUUCUCGAUAUGCAGGGAGGGAAUAUGUUCGGAACGAACAUUGAACUCCCUCUUCACCCCACCACUUCUGAUGGCAAUGGCAACACGCCGUCCGCUCGUCUUUCCGUCAAUAUCCGAGAGCUAGCUUCACGCGAGACCGCCAAUCUGGCCGUUCGUUUGUCAGCAGAGCGACGCAAGAGCCAAGAAGCUAGUCUCUCUCCAGUACUCCGCGCUCCGUCCCCCACCCACGUUUCUUUUGCGACCCCGGCCACCUUAGAGGUUUAG